AAUCCCGGCCCUAAAUACGGAGACCCCCGGAUUCUCACGAAGGCUCGUCCCGCCGAAUCGUAUCCUAUUAUAUUCCACUAAGCUUAAACGCAACGGGACAUGUUAUAGUAGAGUUUGCACGCCAUGACUAUCAACAGUAUAAACAAGGAGCCUAUUAAAGUCAUCGUUAUCGGUGCCGGUCUUGGCGGAUGCGCCUGCGCACUCGCUCUUAAACAUCACGGACACGAUGUAGUUGUUUAUGAGAGACUGAAGGCUUUCCGACGACUGGGUGACUCGCUGGGGCUAGGGGAGAAUGCGCUCAAGCUACUCGAACGCUGGGGAGGCAAGUCUCUAUACCAUAAACUGACCAGCAUCGGCAAUCAAGCCCCUGACAUGCAAAUCCGCCGCUGGCACGACGGUAAGAUUCUGGCGCAGCAGCCGUUGAUGGAUAUGGCGGGGUACAUCGGCCAUCGCGGGGACUACCACGAAGCCUUCAUCCAAGCCGUAAAAGACGCUGGUAUAGAGAUACAGGUGGGCCGCGAAGUUGUCGCAUACGACGAGUUUAAGCCAAGUGUGAUAUUUGCCGAUGGUACAGAGGAUACGGCAGAUCUUAUUGUGGGUGCCGACGGGAUCAAGUCGCGUGCACGAGAGCUCGUAUUGGGAUUCGAAGACGCACCGAAGAGUAGUGGAUACUCAUGUUAUCGGGCUUAUUUCCCCGGGAAGCAUUUGCGGGAGGACCCCUUGUGUCGCGAGUUUGUAGACCACGACUGUGUUAAUAUUUGGAUCGGCGAAGAUACACAUCUAGUUCAGAACACCCUCCGGAAUGGCGACGAGUUCAACUGGAUCGUAACGCGUAAGCUAUCUCACGAAGCCGACAUGGUGAUCAAGGAGUCGUGGUUCCAAGAGGGAAACAUGGACGAGGUCAAGAAGUCGCUGCAAGAUUUAGACCCGCGGAUACGCGCCGCCGUGGAGAAAACCGAAUCAUGCUUAGAUUGGAAAAUCUGCUACAGAGAUCCUCUCCCUACAUGGGUAUCCAAGAGUCACAAAAUUGCGCUCCUAGGCGAUAGCUGCCACCCGCAUCUGCCGACAAGCGCGCAGGGCGCGAGCCAAGCAACAGAAAGCGCCGGCGUACUUGCAAUUUGCUUGAAGCUAGCCGGGAAGGACAAUGUUCCAUUAGCAACAAGAAGCUACGAGAAGUUACGGUUUGGACGGACUAGAGCCAGCCAGACGAACGGGGAGGACUUGAGGGACCGCUGGCACAACGCGCUCAAGAACGUGGAUGAAGGCGUCGAGAUCGACCCCGAAACCGUCAAGAUGCGGAACAGGUGGCUGUACGCGUUUGACGCGGAAGUAGAUACGAUCGAGCGCUGGGGCGAAGUUUCGUCGUUGGUUUCGGAUGAGCUGAAAACUGGGAAGAUUACGCCGUUGUGCUAACGCCACGGGUCGUAAGUAGAUAUAUGCUGUAGGUAUAUUUUUAUGAUUCAGUUAGAUCCAAACUUUAUAAACGUUUUUCCGUCG